GUCAUUUAUUUCUCCGCCUAUUUACAUGCUGUGGAAAGAAGAUGUGUUUAAGCUUCCAGUAGUUUCAUGCUGGAAACUGAUACUCCAGGAAAGAAAGCAGGAUGUUCUAGACCAAGAUUUCUUUUGGAAUUCACACAUUGGUCAUCUGGCGCUCUUUCCUAAAUGGUACUUCUGUUAUCGUUCAAGACAGCAAGCUUCUUCCAGGUUCAGAAGCACCUGACGGUCUCCUUUGAUAAACAGCCCACCAGCUCUCUUCAUAGAUCAGAUGUUUAAUAAUUAGCUUGACUCAUUGUUUAUUUAAGUAGCAAUCAUGACUUGGAUGAAAUAAUACUCUAACUACAGGAGAAGCAUAGGGACGGCUCCUAAGUCAAAUCUACAGGCUGGGAAUGGCCAGCAAGGCUGGCCAUUCUAGGAGGAGAGGACCUGUCUGUCCUGGCUGGCAGUUCUCUAUGUUUGAGAUGCCAUCAUCAGAUGCUGCACCAAAGACCUAAGGGAGAUGUGCCCAAGAGAAGCAUACGGUCCCAUUCCUGUCCACUGAGGCUCAAUGGCCCAGCAAAAUAUGAAAGUGAGACCUGUGCUUCUAAAGCGUAACAGCCUCGAGUCAGUGGAGUUUGUGAAACAACCUCACCACCGCAGGAGCAAAUCCCAGCAGGUUCGAUUCAAGGAAGAUGGGGCCACUAAGAAUCCAACCAGCCUAGCUGAGGUUGAUGUCCAGACUCCUGAAGACCCGGUUGUAAUGGGGAAGACUCAAGCAUCCAGGCACCAUCAUCCCCCCACCUACUCACUCUCCUUCCCCAGGUCCCAGAAGGCAGGGGGUUUUCGGAACAUAGCGAUCCAAACCUCCCCCAGUCUCAGGAAGCAUUUUCCGGUUUUCAAGAGGAAAAAACUCACAGCCAGCAAGUCCCUGGUGGAAAUGCCGACAGCAUCCCAAAGUGCCAUUCAGAUCAACGGCAACCUCUUUGAACAGGACAUUGUGUCUUCUGACCUUGCUUACUUAAGGCUGGCUCGGCAGCUUGAAGAUGGGCCUCGAAGGGUCAAGGUGACUCACCCAUUUCUCCCCAGAGUGUCCAAGGUGCAAAGCAAUGGGCCCGUCAGCAUAUGUUUGGAAGCAGGGACAUGGAGGGCCUCUGAGAAAGCAGCAGCUGCUAUCCAGGUCCCAGACGAUAUUUAUCACAAUCCUUCCUGGGAAGCUGGAGAGUCCAAUUUCAGCCCAGACAGGUCAGUUGAAAUAAGUGACUCCACGCAUCCUUUGGGUGACAUGUGUCCAGGCGAUGGAAGAAAUGGGAUACCAUCAGAUUCAGAAAGACCCCUCUCCUGCUUAAAUGCCUCCAGCAGUGCCAACCAUAUGCCAGGCACUGGGAAACUCAGACCUGAAUUGCUUUUGCCCAAAGACAACUCCAAUGACAAAGACCUUGGUCCACUGUCAUCUCAGUCAAAGGAAACGUGCAUUCCCUCACCUCCACGGACUCACAACUCCCCCUCCCCAGGCUCCCACACCCAGCAGAGCCACCUAGGAAGAGCCUUGGACUGUCCGUCAUCUAGUAACAGUCAGCAGGAUCUGGUGUCACUGAAAACUAACAGUGCAUCCAAACCUGCCCCCAUGUGUCAGGAGCAGAUGGCGAAGAACCCCAUAUCGGCAGACAUCCUGGAGUUUCAGAACUGUCCAGGAAGUGACCACCUCCCAUCCUCUCUUCCAAGGAGUGAAAGCAGACUUCAGAGCAACAGGGAGAUUAGUGGCAUUAGUCAAAUUCACCUGGCUCGGGGUGAACUCUGCGACCUCCAAGGCCGGCUGCAAUCUGUGGAGGAAUCUCUGCACUCAAACCAAGAGAAAAUUAAAGUCCUUCUGAAUGUAAUUCAAGACUUGGAGAAAGCACGAGCUCUCACUGAAGGGCGCAACUUCUAUCGAACUGGCCAAGAUCUCAACAACUGCAGCACCUGCCAGAAUACGGCCUGCAUCAUAUACAGUGUAGAGUAUGAUUUCCGGCAGCAGGAAGGCAGAUUCCAUGAAGUUCUGCAGAGUUUGGAGGAAGCUGAACCAGUUGAGGAGGCAUCUCUCCCACCAAAGUCCCCAGCAGAACCCCCAGUCUCUGAGAAACAGGACUUAAGGCGGAAAACCAAGAAGGUGAAAAAGAAAUGCUUCUGGUGGAUCUGAGCUCAUUGAAUCAUCCCCUCCAACCUUCACAGGUACUUCCUGGAGAUGGAGGAACCACUGCUCUCAAGGCCUUCUCAGCUUCUUUGUGAAUUCCCCGGGCAGGGAGCCAUGUGACCUGUAACAGUAGCGCCUUGGAGACGGGUUAGUCGCUGCUGAACAACUGGUCACCAACCUUACCUGAGUGUGUGCUGCUGCUUGUGGAGGACUUCACAGACACUCUAGUGACCACUUGCAAGUUUCCCUGUCACACAAGGCCAGACUGUAUCCUGGUUUGCAAGUCUGCAUUCCCAACAUGAACAAGCCCACACAAUUCUUUCCAACACCUCUAUGUACUAAGCAUUUCCUUCCCAUCCAAGGUCCAUCAACCCAAAAGGGGAAAAAAAAAAAGUGUUACACAGAGCAGAAAGAUAGAGAAGGGUUAAAAGCAGAUACUCUAGAAAAAAAUGAGAUCAAUAAGCUGGCAGUUUUCUAAGAGAUCAGAGUAAAGAAGCACAAUGAAAUGGGUAGGGAAUAAAAAUGCAAGAUCACCCUGGUGUGUUGGAAUCAUUUUCAUUUUUAUUUCUAUUUUUUUUUAAAGAGGUUUUUGCUAUAGGGCAUGUGCACUC